GUGUUUUCUGCUACUUGCAUUCUCCUCAGUCUCGGGGAUGCAGUGUUUGUACGACGAGGACUCUGUCGGACGGUGUGGUUCUCACUCAUUUUAUUGUUAAAAACAGAGGACUUCUUCAUGUGAACACCCCAACACCACUGGUUAUGCAGUUUUGUGCCUGAGAGAGAAAAUUCACCCUACACCAAUCGGAUUGAGUUUUCCAGUGAUGAUAGACCUGUGAGCAGCUCUAAAUGGCUCAGAGGAAGAGGCCAGGGACCAACAGCAGCAUGGCCACAGCAGAGCCUCAUGUUUCCCCUUCACAUCCCUGCCCCGCUCCCUACCCGAACCACGAGAUCCCAGAGGAGGAGUAUGAAGAGCGCCCAAACCCUGAGGCUUCCCAACACCACUUCCACAACCAAGAAGAACCAGAUAUGACAGACAGCAGACCGACCACUCCCACCACCCCAGACCAUGUCCACAGAGAUUACCACAGCCACCCAGACAGCCUGGAUGGAGACUCGAGCUCAGACUAUGUCAACAAUACAUCCGAUGAAGAAGAGGAUGACUACGACGAAGGACUCCCGGAGGAGGAUGAAGGUGUGACAUAUUACAUUCGUUAUUGCCCUGAGGAUGACAGCUACCUGGAGGGCAUGGACUGUAACGAACCAGAGUGCGGACACCAGGAUGGUCGAAUUGAGCCACUUCCGGACACGGAUGAGUGCCAGGAAGCAAUUGAGGAAUGGGUUGAAGGAAACGAGGAUGGACAUGGCGAUGGAGAGGUGCGUUGUGAAGUCCUUGAGCAGGAUUCUGACCAACAGCUAUACGAUGGCAGACCUGAACCCGUCCUCGACCACCACCAGUGCUACCCAGAUCACCACCAGGACCAGCCCCCACUUCCAGAUGAAGAUCCUGAUGCACAGGACAUUGAGGGUAGUGAGGAAUACUGCCCUGAACAGGAAGAAGAAGCACAUGUGGGACCAGAAACAGAUGGCUACACAAGUGACUACUAUGCCACAGAGGACAACGGAAACUCGUGUGUGCGUGUGUCACCCUACCGAGGGCAUAAGGGCACGGCGGCAGAGGCAGGGGAGGAGGCAGAGGAGGACAUUGACCAGAUAGUGGCAGAGAUUAAGAUGAGUAUGAGUAUGGGAAGUCUCAGCAGCAGCACUGAUCAAAGCCCAGAGGAUCUCCCGCCUGAUCCGGGUUACCAGCCAGAGACACGGCCCAAACCUGAACCCACCCCAUACCCUCAGCCUCACCGUCAUGAUGGCAGACCCAAAUCCCUCAAUCUUCCCUCUUCCAGACACAACACUGAGCUCCAGAGAGGCUUUAAGGUGCGGCCUCACACACCAGAGGAGAGGCAGAGAUGGACCCAGGACCAAGUGAGAGAGCAGGUGUCUAAUAGUGCAGAACAGCCGAGGAAACAGCAGAGGUCUGAUCUUAAUGGACCACUUGAGAACAACAAUGUCCCUGAGCCAACAAAGAAGACAGCUGCAUUCCCCAGCUUUGUGGAUGUGCCGGGUCCCUGCGAGCCGGAAGACCUCAUUGAUGGGAUUAUCUUUGCUGCCAACUACCUGGGCUCCACACAGCUGCUGUCAGAGAGGAACCCGUCUAAAAACAUCAGGAUGAUGCAAGCUCAGGAGGCCGUGAGCCGGGUCAAGAGGGUACAGAAGGCAGCCAAAAUCAAGAAAAAGGCGAGCCCAGAGGGAGAUGCUCAGACUUUGACUGAGGUGGAUCUUUUCAUCUCAACCCAAAGGAUCAAAGUGCUGAAUGCAGACACCCAGGAGGCCAUGAUGGAUAAUGCGUUACGCACCAUCUCGUACAUCGCUGACAUUGGAAACAUUGUGGUUCUUAUGGCGAGACGCCGCAUGCCACGCACCGCCUCACAGGACUGCAUCGAAACGACCCCUGGGGCUCCUGAGGCCAAAAAGCAGUAUAAAAUGAUCUGCCACGUCUUUGAGUCAGAGGAUGCCCAGCUCAUAGCACAGUCCAUCGGUCAGGCUUUCAGUGUGGCCUACCAGGAAUUUCUCCGAGCCAACGGCAUCAACCCCGAGGAUCUGAGUCAGAAAGAGUACAGCGAUAUCAUCAAUACGCAGGAGAUGUACAAUGAUGACCUCAUCCACUUCUCUAACUCUGACAACUGCAAAGAGUUGCAGCUCGAGAAACAGAAGGGGGAGAUUCUGGGCAUAGUUAUUGUGGAGUCUGGCUGGGGCUCCAUUCUGCCCACUGUCAUCCUGGCCAACAUGAUGAAUGGAGGCCCCGCCGCCCGUUCUGGAAAGCUCAGCAUCGGUGACCAGAUCAUGUCAAUCAACAACACCAGUCUGGUGGGGCUGCCUCUCGCCACCUGUCAGGGAAUCAUCAAGGGCCUAAAAAAUCAGGUGCAGGUCAAACUGAACAUCGUGAGUUGCCCUCCUGUAACCACUGUACUCAUUAAAAGACCAGAUCUCAAGUACCAGCUGGGUUUCAGUGUGCAGAAUGGCAUUAUCUGCAGUCUGAUGCGAGGGGGGAUCGCAGAAAGGGGAGGAGUGCGUGUUGGUCAUCGCAUCAUCGAAAUAAAUGGUCAAAGUGUCGUGGCCACGGCACACGAGAAGAUCGUCCAAGCCCUCUCUAAUUCAGUGGGCGAGAUCCAUAUGAAGACUAUGCCAGCAGCCAUGUUUAGGCUCUUAACAGGACAGGAGACUCCUAUGUAUAUAUGAUGUAAGGUGGACUGGACACACAGAGCUUAGAGAAGUGUUUGGAUGCAACAGUCAACUUUCUCCUUUCACCCUCACCAAAAAUAACUCCCAUCACUCUUGCUGUCUGCUAAUGUAACUUACUGUAAGAGAUAUGGUGUGUCAUUUCUGGAUAAUGUGGAUUCUCUUGAUUUGUAAUGUCUGCUCUUGGGAUGUGCGUUGGUCAUAUUGGGUCAAUGCACUGCAAGUCUUCUUAAUGUGGCAGGGGGGCUUUGUACAUUUGAUUUUUGCUACCCUUAUUUAAUUUAUUGCAAUUCUGUAUGUGUGGAUGUUGUCGGAGAGAUGCAAGUUUGUUUGUAAAUAUGUAAUCGUAACGUCACUAGAAAGGAAUGGAAAAGCCAGAGUAGGAAGUCCAGAAAGUCCAAAAUAUUGUUGUUUAUUACAGAUAAUCAACUGACUUAAAGUUAAUCGUGAAAAAGUGACCGUACUUAAUUUAUUCGUCAAAUGCACAUUGAUCAAUUACAAUUAAAUGACAGUUUUCAUUGUGUACAGUAGAUCAAUAAACCUAUUACUAAAUAAUGUGGCAGAUGAGUUUAUGGCCUACAGUUUUUUUAAACAUGCUCAAUUAAUACGGGCGUAUCAGCAAUUGUGCGGGAAACUGCUUCAUUCUGUCAUUGGAUAAAAAACAGACCUUGCGGACAUUACGACUGAACAAAUUUUGAAAGUAGUUUUUUACAUACAAGUGAUCAAAUCUUUUGUAAAAUACCAUAUGUAAACAAUUUCUGGUCUUCUCACAUGUUGUAUUUAUCAGCAAUCGUCUUGCUAUUCUGUAAAUUAAUUUGGUUACAGGUUUUAUUUGUAUGUGUGCUUUUUGUGUAUGCCCAGCUGCAACUCAUUUGAGUCUUUUGGUGAAUGUAAUGGUGUUAAUAGUGUGUCCACUUCCUUAAACAGUAUUAGAAUGUCUGUACAUAAACGUUUAACCUUGUUUCGUACCGUGUCCAUGUAGAAUCACUGUUAGUCUCAUUUGAUCCUUGUGAGGCAUAAGACGACACUGUGAGCAAAAGCCUUACCAGUGCGUAAGAAUGCUUUUGAAAAUGAAUCGUAAUAAAAAGAUACUAAUAACACAUGAACAUGAAUACCUGUCUGCAUGCAUCUUACAUUGACCCUAUGGCAAAAUAACAAUAAAGUGUAAUAUAAGACCUUGA